UGGGAACUGACCAUGUGGCUUCACCAACUUGGUGUGCAGCUCACCAUCGUGACCUAUGGGCUCCUGCUGCUCCUCCUCCAGGGUCAGGGCCAGGACUCAGUCAGCCCCAUCCGGAUCACCCACACCGGGCAGGUGCGGGGCAGCCUUGUCCGUGUGAAGGGCACCGAUGCGGGGGUCCACACCUUCCUGGGAAUUCCCUUUGCCAAGCCACCUGUAGGACCACUGCGCUUUGCAGCCCCUGAGCCCCCUGACCCUUGGAGUGGUGUGAGGGAUGGGACCUCCCACCCAGCCAUGUGUCUGCAGGAUGUGGCUAGGAAUACACUGGUUGUGAACCUCUUGAAUCUGACCCUCCCUCCCAUCCCCAUGUCAGAGGACUGCCUGUACCUCAGCAUCUACUCACCUGCCCAUGCCCGUGAGGGCUCUAACCUGCCUGUGAUGGUCUGGAUCCAUGGUGGUGCCUUGGUAGUGGGCUCAGCUUCCAUGUAUGAUGGUUCUAUUCUGUCAGCCAUUGAAAAUGUAUUGGUGGUCACUAUCCAGUACCGCCUGGGAGUUCUGGGCUUCUUCAGCACUGGAGACCAGCAUGCCACUGGCAACUGGGGCUUCCUGGACCAAGUGGCCGCCCUACGCUGGGUCCAGCAGAAUAUCGCCCACUUUGGAGGCAACCCUGAUCGCGUCACCAUUUUUGGCCAGUCUGCAGGUGGCACUAGUGUGUCCUCACAUGUGGUGUCUCCAAUGUCCCAAGGACUUUUCCAUGGUGCCAUCAUGGAGAGUGGGGUGGCUCUCUUACCCAAAAUUAUUGACAUCUCAUCUGAGGUGGUUUCCAUGAUGGUGGCCAACCUGUCUGCCUGUGGGCAAGUAGAGUCAGAGGCCCUGGUGAGCUGCCUGCGGGGCAAGAGUGAACAGGAAAUGCUGGCUAUUACCAAGGCUUUCAAGACCAUAUCUGGUGUGGUAGACGGGACCUUCCUGCCCAGGCAUCCUGAGGAACUGCUGGCUUUAGCUGAUUUUCAACCUGUCCCCAGCAUCAUUGGUGUCAACAAUGAUGAGUUUGGUUGGCUUCUUUCCACAGGCUUAAACAUUGCUGACACCCAGAAAGAAAUGGACAGAAGGACUGCACAGGCUAUUCUUCAGAGAAUGUCGACAUAUUUGAUGUUGCCUGCUGAAUUUGGUGACCUGUUAAUGGAGGAGUAUAUGGGGGAUAAUGAGGACCCACAAACCCUCAGACUCCAGCUCCAGGAGGUGAUGGCAGACAUCCUGUUUGUGAAUCCUGCACUCCAAGUAGCACAUUAUCAGCGUUCCCAUGCCCCUGUCUACUUCUAUGAGUUCCAGCAUCGGUCCAACAUCUUCAAUGACAUCAGACCACUCCACGUGAAGGCUGACCAUAGCGACGAGAUCAUCUUUGUCUUUGGAUCCUUCAAGGGCAGUGAAGUUGAGUUCACUGAGGAGGAGGAGCUGCUGAGCAGGAGGAUGAUGAAGUACUGGGCCAAUUUUGCUCGAAAUGGGAACCCCAAUGGAGAGCGCCUACCCCACUGGCCACUGUUCGACCAGGACCAACAGUACCUGCAGCUGGACAUCCAGCCUGCUGUGGGCCAGGCCCUGAAGGCACAUAGGUUUCAGUUCUGGACCAAGACCCUUCCUCAGAAGAUCCAGGAGCAAGGCACACAAGUCAAGCACACAGAGCUCUAGCUCCCUGUUCAUGGAGGGAGGGAAGGGCUAUGUGCAGGUAGGCUCUGCCUGUGGUGCCCACUCUUGCCCACUCAGGAGCCAGGGUUGGCCUCUCAUUCACAGAGCCAUUCAUCCACUCUUUAUCUAUCCAUUCAGCCAACACUGGUAAAGAAUUCACCUCAUGAUAUUCAUUUCCCAGUCUGCUGUGGGUCCUCUCUUUUUAGACACACUCAGUAAAUCCCCCCCCAGGAAGCUGUGAUUGGGUAAGCCCAGUGGAUGCUCAACUUCCUCCACACACACUGGGCCUUUAGUAUAUUCUUCCCUUCCUCAACUAACCUUCCCAGGACUUUCUGUCUCCUGAAAGAAUCUAGACACUCUACAAAGGAGGGCUAUGCUUUGAGGAAUGUCCCCACACCUGAGUGUUAAAAUCCCACAUCUACUUCUCAGCCAAGUCCCAUGUAUUCUCAUAUCUGUCAUUGACCACUAGACAGACUAGACUAGAAACCAUGAUUACCUAAAGCCGUAGUAUCACAGUACAUUCAGACUGCUGUAAAAAAAAUACCAUCACAAAGUGGUUAGCUUAUGAACAACAGAAAAUUAUUCAGAGUUUGCAAGGUUAUGUCCAAGGUCAAGAUGCCAGCCUGGUAUGGUGGCACACACCUGUAAUCUCAGCAACUCAGGAGACCGAGGAAGGAGG